UGUCCUGGAAAGCCUGCCCGCUGCUGGGUGGUGUACAGCGAUGUACAGCAGCUGGUGCCUGAAUGGCCUCCUCUCGCUCCAGCUCUCACUGUUCUCCAGCGCUCAGUCCGCGCCAGCUCCGAGCUGGGACAUCAUUGACUCUCGGCCCCUGCCCCCCUGGUAUGACCAAGCCAAGUUUGGCAUCUUCAUUCACUGGGGGGUUUUCUCAGUGCCCAGCUUCGGCAGUGAGUGGUUCUGGUACUAUUGGCAGAAAGAGAAACUGAAACCUUAUGUCGAGUUUAUGGAGAAAAACUAUCCUCCAGGAUUUACGUAUGCAGACUUUGCCCCCAUGUUCUCAGCUUCCUUCUUCAAUGCAACUGAAUGGGCUGAACUACUGAGCGCUUCAGGGGCCAAGUAUGUUGUUCUGACUUCUAAACACCAUGAAGGCUUUACGCUGUGGGGAUCAAAGUACUCGUGGAAUUGGAAUGCAGUUGACUCAGGUCCUCACUGUGAUCUCGUUGGAGAGCUGGCCUAUGCUGUCAGAAACCGGACAAAGCUGAGGUUUGGCCUGUACCAUUCUCUCUUCGAAUGGUUUAACCCAGACUUCCUGGAAGAUGCUGCCAACGUGUUCACGACCAACAAGUUCCCCACAACCAAGAGCUUACCAGAGCUGUACGAAAUCGUGAACAAAUACCAGCCAGAAAUUCUCUGGUCUGAUGGAGAUGGAGGUGCACCCGACACCUACUGGAACAGCACUGAUUUCCUGGAUUGGCUCUAUAACCACAGCCCAGUUGGGAAGACGGUUGUAACUAAUGACCGCUGGGGAUAUGGUACAAUCUGCAAACAUGGUGGCUACUACACCUGUACUGAUCGGUAUAACCCUGGCCACCUGCUGGCUCAUAAGUGGGAGAAUUGCAUGACCAUAGACCGGAAAUCCUGGGGAUACAGAAGAGACGCAAAACUCAGUGAUUAUCUUUCAAUAGAAGAACUGGUGAAGACCCUGGUUGAGACCAUCUCCUGUGGAGGAAAUCUCUUGAUGAAUAUUGGCCCCACUCAUGAUGGACGGAUACUCCCUAUCUUUGAGGAGAGGCUGAGGCAGAUGGGGCAGUGGCUGCAAGUAAAUGGCGAGGCAAUAUACAGUACAAAGACCUGGAGAGUGCAGAAUGAUACCAUCACUCCUGGAGUCUGGUACACAGCUGGAGUGGAGAAAGGGGUGGUUUAUGCAAUAUUCCUCACCUGGCCAAAACUAGGAAUGCUGGUCCUUGGAGCUCCCCAUGUUACAGCAGGAGAAACAAAGGUAACCCUCAUUGGAUACCCCGAGCGUCUGCAAUGGGAGAAGUUUGGAGAGCAGGGUCUGCUGGUGCUACUGCCCAGAGUCAACAUCAACCAACUGCCAUGUCAAUGGGCCUGGAGUCUGAAACUCAGUGAGACCACAUGAUGAGCUGUGCAGAGCUGAGCGACAGUAUUCAAGAGUUUCUGCACUGUCAGGCUGUGUCUCAGCAAGCGACACUUUCUCACUUGUUUUGUUUAACUUUGUACUUUUGGAAAUGAGAAAUUUCAGUUCCUGAAGAAAUGUUUCGGAUUCAGCUGAUGUGGCAAGUGAUUUUGUUGGUGUGUUGUCAGGGCUGAUGUACAGUUAAUUUUUUUUAAA